GAGUGGAGUACCAAGAUGGCGGCCGGUGGCUUCACUUUUUCCGGCCACUGGUGUGAAUGCUUCGCUCCAGGCGGCGAUUGUUUGUCCCGUCGAUUUUCUCACGGAUGUUCGUGUUUCUGUUCCCCAGGAGAGCCUCCGUCCAUCGAGACCAAAGCCGGAGAUUAUCCGUUCAUGGAGACGUCGGAGGACGGGAGGAAGGUCCCCGUGGUUCAGGCCUACGCCUUUGGAAAAUAUCUGGGUUUCCUCAAAGUGACCUUCAACGAUCUCGGCGAGGUGGUGGAACAUUCCGGAAACCCAAUCCUGCUGGACAGCAGCAUUCCACAGGAUCCACAGAUUCUGGCCGAGGUGGAUAAGUGGAAGAAGAACCUGGCCAAUUACACGGCGGCGGUGGUGGGAAGGACUCUGGUCUUCCUGAACGGGUCCAAUGCGGCAUGCCGCUCCCAGGAAUGUAACCUGGGAAACCUGAUCUGCGACGCCAUGGUGGACAACUACAUCAGGCUCUUCAAUGACGAGCAGUGGAACCACGUCAGCGCCUGCAUCAUGAACGGCGGCGGCAUUCGGAGCUCCAUCGAUGAGCGGACCUACAAUGGGUCCAUCACCAUGGAAGACCUGCUGUCGGUUCUGCCUUUUGGAGGAACCUUUGAUCUGGUGGAGCUGAGCGGUUCCACGCUGAGGAAGACCUUUGAGUACGCCGUCAGGAGAUACGGAACCAAUUCUGGAGAGUUCCUGCAGGUGUCAGGAAUCCACGUGGAGUUUGACGUCUCCAAACCAGUAGGAAAUCGUGUGAGGAGCCUCAGCAUCCUCUGCACCAGGUGUCGGGUCCCGCAGUACGAGCCGGUCCAGGACGACGGCCUCUACACGGUGGUUCUGCCGUCCUACCUGGUGACGGGCGGAGACGGGUUCGUCGUCAUCCAGAACGAGAUGAAGAAGCACAGCAGCGGUGAUUUGGACAUUUCCGUGGUGUCGAGUUACAUCACAGGGAGGGGGCGGGUUUAUCCGUCUCUGGAGGGACGCAUCAAGGUCUACAACUCGGCCCGUAGACUCCAGCUCCCGCUCUUCUCACUGGUUUCACUGGUUUUACUGCAGUCUAUAUGGAGCUGGUGAGGGAGCCUCUGGAGCUCCAAUCAGAACCCAACCAGAACCGAUCCACUUUGGGUUCUACAUGUGGCAUUCAGUCAGAACUGAUGUGAUCCUGUUUUCUGUUUCCAACCUUCCAAACGUUUCCUGUGAGGGAAACAGGCGGUGCACUACCUCUCAUAACCACUAGGGGGCCUCUCUGAUUAACGCAGCUUAAAUUAAACUCCUCCCACCAGUAGGAGGCGCAGCUUCCUGGAGACAUGUUAGAUGUUCCUGCUUCCUGUCCCUGCAGUUAUUUUAAAGCCGCAUCGUCUGUUCACACUUUCUGAUCCAAAUGGACCAAACAGGCUUAACUUGGUAAAACCAGAAUCGUUUCUGGUUUUGUUUUGGCCAAAUUGUAUCGUUUUAAGGGUGUGAAAACUUUUUAGGGAACGAAAUAAACAGUUCUGACCCAAAAGCUGAGAUGUUUCUCAGGAACGCACCCUGGUCUGGAGGGUUUUGGGUCAGAACUGAAUCCACCACAGAAGAAGAAUCUUAAUUCUUUCUGGCACUGUGUUCCCCACAGCAUGAUGCCGCCAUUCCAUGCUUCCCUGUAGGUUUGUUUGUAGGGUGUGGUGGAUCUGUGACAGAAGCCGGUUCCUGCAGCUUGAAACGUUAGCAGGGAGGUGGACACUUUAGGUCCACUUGGUUUCUGAACCCAAAGUGAUCCACUUCCACCAUGGAUCCAGUUAGAUAUGAAGAUCCGGAUGUUAUGGAUCACUUCCCUCCUCUGUGGUUCAAUGGAUUCUCCCUCAGACGAAAGCAAAGAACUUUAAUGUUUUUAUGGGUUCUGCUCUGGCUUAAGUCCAGAAAUGUCUCUGCUCUCUGAAUGCUAACGCUCUAGAAGAAUCUGGGUCCGUGGGCCGAACCAGAAGCAGGUUCCCCUCAGCGGAGCAAGGCGGACGAGGCACUCGUACCUCAGCUUAGCGUAGCUCCUGGUGAACCUCAUGCUCCUUCCUGGCUGGGAUCCUCAUGAAGUGCACCAGUUCCCAGAACCUCUGAAGCUCUUUGUUCUGAAGUUCUUCUGGGUUUCUGAAGGUCUUUUCACUGAGAAUCAAUUAUUGUAAUUUUGUCUCCAAAGUGGAACCGCCCCUCAGCGCCCCCCCAUGGUGUCUUGGAUAAUUUCUUCUACAUUGGAUCAGUUAAAGCUGGACAUACACUGCGAUGUUUUUAAUCGUUGCACGCGGCU